GCUUGCGCAGAGUUGCGUCACAUCCGCCGCUUGGGUGCCCAAUUCCGGAAGGUGCUGCACAGUUGUGGCGGCGGGUACUGCGUUAGUGAUUAGGGUUUCGUCGCUGCCGGAGGUGGGAUACACGGCGGCAUCAUGGUCGAGGAGGUACAGAAACAUUCUGUACACACACUUGUGUUCAGGUCAUUGAAGAGGACCCAUGACAUGUUUGUAGCUGAUAACGGAAAACCUGUGCCUUUAGAUGAAGAGAGUCACAAACGAAAAAUGGCAAUCAAGCUUCGUAAUGAGUAUGGUCCUGUGUUGCAUAUGCCUACUUCAAAAGAAAAUCUUAAAGAGAAGGGUCCUCAGAAUGCAACAGAUUCAUAUGGUCAUAAACAGUACCCUGCCAAUCAAGGACAAGAAGUUGAGUACUUUGUGGCAGGUACACAUCCAUACCCACCAGGACCUGGGGUGGCUUUGACAGCAGAUACUAAGAUCCAGAGAAUGCCAAGUGAAUCAGCUGCACAGUCCUUAGCGGUGGCAUUACCUUCUCAGGCCAAGGCUGAUGCAAAUCGUACUGCACCUAGUGGAAGUGAAUACCGACAUCCUGGGACUGCUGACCGUCCACAGCCUACAACGAUGAAUUCAAUUGUCAUGGAGACUGGCAAUACCAAGAAUUCUGCACUGAUAGCUAAAAAAGCUCCUACAAUGCCAAAACCCCAGUGGCAUCCACCAUGGAAACUCUACAGGGUUAUCAGUGGACAUCUUGGCUGGGUUCGAUGUAUUGCUGUGGAACCUGGAAAUCAGUGGUUUGUUACUGGAUCUGCUGACAGAACUAUAAAGGUACUAAUGAAGGAAGAAAAAAUAAACAUGACUUUGUGUUUGUCAUUUAAGUUUAAUCAGUUAUUAUUUCUUGUGGCAGGAAUUGCUAUUGCAGUUCCUCUGUUGUUUUACUUUCAUUUAGAACAUGUGUGUUUUGGAAGAAUGCUUUGUGUUUUAUUUAAUUUUGCAUUAUUUUUUCUGGUCUAUGUUUUGAGGGAUAUAUGUAUUUCCAUUACAGGAAGCCAUGAUACUACAAUUCGAUUAUGGGAUCUGGUGGCUGGAAAAACAAGAGUGACAUUAACAAAUCACAAAAAAUCAGUUAGGGCUGUCGUUUUACAUCCAAGACAUUACACAUUUGCAUCUGGUUCUCCAGAUAACAUAAAGCAGUGGAAAUUCCCUGAUGGAAGUUUCAUUCAAAAUCUUUCUGGUCAUAAUGCUAUUAUUAACACGUUGACAGUAAAUUCUGAUGGAGUACUUGUAUCUGGAGCUGACAAUGGCACCAUGCAUCUUUGGGACUGGAGAACUGGCUACAAUUUUCAGAGAGUUCAUGCAGCUGUGCAACCUGGGUCUUUGGACAGUGAAUCAGGAAUAUUUGCUUGUGCUUUUGAUCAAUCUGAAAGUCGAUUGCUAACAGCUGAAGCUGAUAAAACCAUUAAAGUAUACAGAGAGGAUGACACAGCCACAGAAGAAACUCAUCCAGUCAGCUGGAAACCAGAAAUUAUCAAGAGAAAGAGAUUUUAAUGAAUGUGGAAUUUUCUUUCUUUUCUUUUUUUUAAAACAUGGCAUUGAUGAGGAUAUCCAGUCAUUUUGUGCUCUGGCUGGGAGUAUAAAGCAGAAAUUCACUUGCUUCAAUCAUUGCUGCUUCAUAUUUUACAAUAAACUGUCCCCUGUCCCCUACCCCCGUGUUUUUAUUUCUAAAACAAUUUGUGAUACUAGGAAGAUGCGGAUAUCAAGCAAAUGUAGAUUUAUUGAACAUAACUAUUCUAGAUAUAAUAUUUUGACAGUCUUAUUAGAAUACCCCCUUUUUAAAAAAAUGUAUGAAACUGAUUAUUAUAACAGGACAUGGGGGGGCAGUAGUUUUUUUAAAAUCCUUUAAAAACUAAUAUCUGUGACUAAUAAUUUGAGAUUAAAAUAUUUGAAGUCUUAUGUAUGUUUAUUCCAAAAACAGUUUUUGAGUAUAUGUCCUACAAAGUUCUGCACUAGAUAGCGUUCAGGAAAUAGACAAGUAAGAUGUGUCUAUCCUCUAAGACUUUCAGUUUGGUAGUUUAUAGAUAUUCUGUAUUGGAGGUGCAGGUGAAAUGCUGGGGAAACACAAGGGAUAAGACCAUUUUUCUCAGGAAGGAUUGUGAAGACUUCAUAGAGUAAGUGGCAUUGGAGAUGACUUUGAAAUGAAGGGGACGAAGAUGGAAAAGAGUAUUCUAAGAUGAGUCAUAAAGUGAUGAAACCAGACACAAAGAAAGUGUUCAGUGUGUUCCGUUACAAAGAAUUUGCUACUGUUGAAUAAUGGGGAGUAAAGCUGGUUUGUGGUGGGGAAAGCUCAUACAAGGAUGGAUUUUAUUCCACAACUAGUAGGAUACCAGUACUGGUAUUGAAACUUGGGGAAAAUAACUCUGGAUAUACCAGUGCAGCUAUUUAAAAUGAAAGCAAGAGCUACAAUCUUGUGAAGAUUUUAUAAAGAAGUUCUAAAGUUUCUAAUACUGAUUCCUCCUUUUGGUAAAUACAAGUUGUAUCAAUCCUUCCCUGGGAUCCUGAUUCCCCUUUAGUGAAGAUUUGUCAGACGUCACCUUCUAUAAUUAGAAAACACAGUUAUAAGAACAAUUGUUUUAAUUUUCCAAAUUAAAAAGUUAUACCAUGGUUUUGAACGAGCAUUUCUAAUUACAUUACCCAUCUUGCAUGCUAUAGGUGGGAGUAUAAUUGUCACAGCCCUUAGGAAUGUAGUUUUCCAGGAUUUAUUGAAACUGAACCUUUUGGCCUAAGUUCAUUUCUAGGAAACUGCCUAAUAGGAAUAAUCUGACAAGUGUACACAAGCAAAUUCAUUGCGCCUUUGUUCUUUCAUACUUAAAACUAGCCCAAAUGGCCUGCCAAUAAGGGACUGGUUUAAUAAAUGGUACCUUGAUGUAAUUUGUUUCUAAGUAUUCAUUAAGAGAGUGAGGGAUGUCUGGAUUAUUAGGGCAAGAUUUCCAAACUUUUAGGUUAAAAAAAAAAAAGUGCAAGCAUUUUUGUGAACAACUUGAUGCUCUAAAAUACAAUAAGUAACACUACCUUACUAACAGUGGCUCUGUUAGGAAGCAUAAUUAUGAAAGAACUUUCAUGGUUGGUUUUACAUAUUUCUAUGUUUUUCUAUAAGCAUGUAUUUUGUAAACUUAAAUAAAGAAAAAAGAACACUA